AAAUGUUUAGUAAGAUAUUGAGGUGGUUUCGUCUAAAUGGAAUCGUUUAUUGUUAUGAGUAAUUACCAGACACCCCCGUAAUGUGGACUAACCCAAAAGGGACAUUUAAUGUUGUUCGGCAUUCUCCGGAGAAGUUCGUUAAUUUCCGUGGCAGCUGUCGGCAAAGUUCGGGAGCCUUCGGGCGAUUCCGGUGAAAAUUGUCCAACAUGGCGGACCAUCGAGAUUCUCAAGUCGAGUUGACCUCAGCUCAGACCGAAAAACUGCUUCAAUUUCAGGACCUGACAGGGAUCAAUGACCUGGAGAAGUGCAGACAGGUGCUGGACAGACAUGGAUGGAACAUGGAGGCUGCUGUCCACGACACGUUUAACGAGAAUGAGGGCCAGCCGCCGGUGUUUGAGCAGCCCGUGGCCCGAGCAGCACCCCCUAGGAUGCCCAUGAUGAACAUCAGCCCAACAUACCAGAGGGUCUACACAGUUGCACGAAGGAGACCUCAGGGCUGGCUGGCGUGGGGUUACUUCCUGUUGAUGCUACCCUUCCGCUUCACAUAUACAACCAUAAGGGAUAUCUUUAUGUGGGCAUAUAGACUAUUUAUUCCAGAUCCAAGAAGAAUUGUUCGGGACCCCUUGGGUGAUGUGGAGUCCUUCAUUGCCAAGUUCCAGAGCCUGUAUGGGGAGAACCACCCUGUCUUUUACCGUGGGUCAUACAGCCAGGCCCUGAACGAUGCUAAGAAGGAGAUCCGUUUCCUGGUGGUGUUCCUGCAUGGGGAGAACGACGACCAAUCAGCCGAGUUCUCCAGAACUUCUCUGUGUGCUCCUGAAGUCAUCGACUUCCUCGGUGCUAGGUCCCUUUUCUGGGCAUGCUCAGUAGAGUUUCCUGAGGGGUACAGAGUGUCCCAGGCUCUUCGUCCCAGAAGCUAUCCCUUUGUGAGCCUGAUCUGCCUGAGAGAACACAAGAUGACGGUGGUAGCCAGACUAGAAGGUGUGGUGCCUGCAGACGAGCUGAUUGCCAGGCUAAUGCACGUUAUGGAGGAGAAUGAACCGGCACUGGCCCAGGUUAGGGCAGACAGAGAGGAGAGAAACUUCACCCAGACACUAAGAGCACAGCAGGACAUGGCUUAUCUGGAGUCUUUACGGGCAGACCAGGAAAAGGAAAGAAAGAAACAGGAGGAGAGAGAAAGAAAGGAGAGGGAAGAGCAGGAGGCCAGAGAACAGGAGGAGGCUGUGCAGAGAAGGAAAGAGGAGCUGGCACGACUACGGAUAGAAAAAGCGUCCACAAUUCCAGAUGAGCCUGAAGACGACAAUCCUGAAGCCACGAAGAUCAUCCUAAAACUCCCGAACGGAACCAGACUGGAGCGGCGAUUUCUCAUGUCUCACUCACUAGAGGACGUAUAUCACUUUGCAUUCUGUCACAAAGAGGCACCAGAUGAGUUCCAAAUAGUCACGAACUUUCCGCGGAGAGUUCUGCCAUGCCAGAGCACAGCCGACUCCCCGAACGUACUAACGAUAAAGGAGGCAGGUCUAGGCAAAUCUGAGGUCCUAUUUGUACAAGAUAUAAGUGACUAGGGUGAGUAUAUGUACUAGGCAAAACACAGGAGACAUCCCGUGUAGAAAAAAAAUUCAGUUGUACUUUAAUGAUGAAUCUCCAAGUAGAUCUU